UCUAACAAUAGCCAGGGAUUGGCAGAACCUGGGCAGAGCGAUAGAAGAAGGGUUUGGCAAAUUGGGCAGAAAGAAAAAACUGAAGCGAUUUGAGCGAAUGCAUGUGUGUGAGUGCAGGCAAAGAGAUCGGAUCGCCAUCAGGAAUUUUUCAAAAGACACGACGAGAGGAGCAGCCGGCGUGUAAUUGGUGAAGAUGUCUGAUAAUGGGGACAUUGAGGACAAGCCCCCAGCCCCGCCCAUGAGGAACACCAGCACUCUGAUUGGCUCCUGCAGCAAAGAUCCCGCCCCCCAUGGCUCCAAGCCCCUCCCCCCCAACCCAGAGGACAGGAAGAAGAAAGAUCGCUCCAUCAGGUCCAUCCUGACAGGAGGAGGAGACAAGACCAACAAGAAGAAGGAGCGUCCAGAGAUCUCUCUGCCUUCUGAUUUUGAACACACCAUCCAUGUGGGCUUCGAUGCGGUCACUGGAGAGUUCACAGGCAUGCCGGAGCAAUGGGCUCGGUUGCUCCAGACCUCUAACAUCACUAAGCUGGAACAGAAGAAGAAUCCUCAGGCUGUCCUUGAUGUUCUCAAAUUCUAUGACUCCAAGGAGACUAACAACAGCCAGAAAUACAUGAGCUUUACAGACUUUGAAAUGAAAGAAGUCUCUCUCUCCCCUCCUCUGUUUUCUCCCUCCUCCAGUGCGUCAGGUACGGUAUAUACAGCCAUAGACAUCGCUACAGGCCAGGAGGUGGCCAUUAAACAGAUGAACCUGCAGCAGCAGCCCAAGAAGGAGCUCAUCAUCAAUGAGAUCCUGGUCAUGAGGGAAAACAAGAACCCCAACAUAGUCAACUACCUGGACAGUUACCUGGUGGGGGAGGAGCUGUGGGUGGUGAUGGAGUAUCUGGCUGGAGGUUCUCUGACUGACGUCGUCACGGAAACCUGUAUGGACGAGGCUCAGAUCGCUGCUGUGUGUCGGGAGUGUCUGCAGGCCUUGGAGUUCCUCCAUUCUAACCAGGUGAUCCAUCGCGACAUCAAGAGUGACAACAUCCUUCUGGGAAUGGACGGAUCAGUGAAACUCACUGACUUUGGGUUCUGUGCCCAGAUCACUCCAGAGCAGAGUAAGAGGAGCACCAUGGUGGGAACUCCCUAUUGGAUGGCUCCAGAGGUGGUGACCAGGAAGGCCUACGGUCCUAAAGUUGACAUCUGGUCUCUAGGCAUCAUGGCUAUAGAUCUUGCGUUCAGGUAG